GGAAAUGCACCGUAGGAGCGGAAGCACCCGCCUGCAGUUGCCGGCAGCAGUUCCGCGAUGGUGGGCGGCGGCGGGAUGGGGGGCGGCCUCCUGGAGAACGCUAACCCCCUCAUCUACGAGCGCUCUGGGGAGCGGCCAGUGACCGCAGGCGAGGAGGACGAGCAGGUUCCAGACAGCAUCGACGCGCGCGAGAUCUUCGAUCUGAUUCGCUCCAUCAAUGACCCGGAGCAUCCACUGACGCUAGAAGAAUUGAACGUAGUAGAGCAAGUCCGGGUUCAGGUGAGUGACCCCGAGAGCACAGUGGCUGUGGCCUUCACACCCACCAUCCCACACUGCAGUAUGGCCACACUUAUUGGCCUGUCCAUCAAAGUCAAGCUUCUGCGAUCCCUUCCCCAGCGUUUCAAGCUGGACGUGCACAUUACACCAGGGACCCAUGCCUCGGAGCAUGCAGUGAACAAGCAGCUUGCGGAUAAAGAGCGGGUGGCAGCCGCCCUAGAGAACACCCACCUGCUGGAGGUUGUGAACCAGUGCCUAUCAGCCCGCUCCUGAGCCUGAAUUUUUGCUCCCAGCCCCACGCAGCGCUCAUGGCCUUGUUUUCUUGAAUCACUGACAAUAAGAAACAUUUUGCAUUUUGUAAUAAACCCUUAAUUUAUAUUCA